CUAGGUACCUAGGGAGCCUGGAAUAACCCGCAUUCUAGGCACCCAAUACAAAUAAGCGGAUCUUACUGCAUGUUGCAUACGAUGUGCAUGCUUCUGCAGCUUUAGCACCGCGACAUCCCGUGCCGUUGGCGCACGAGUAAUAGACGUAUACCUACCUACCUAUUCCCCAGUAUUAAAAACCCUUCUUUCAACGUUGAGGCCAUCGAUGUAUAGUUAUUCCAACGCACCAACUAGGUUACCAUCUCCUUUCAGACCUCAAGUUCCGAGGCAGGGGAACUAGAACUAAAUAGAGACCGUCUCUUGAACUACCUACCUACUAGGUAGUAAUCAUCAGAGCGGAGUGGCCGUUAUAAGAAUUUAGGAUGAAAUAUGUAGUGGGUAAGGUAGCUGAAACCCCCCCGUUCCCACACGCUCAUCACUAGAUGAAAAGGGUAUAGAGGUUUUUGUGUGUAAGCUGGACACGACAUACUCCACACGUCCACGUCCACGGGUAUAGGAUAUAACUCCGCCGAUCAUCCAUAUAACCAUGGCGAACACGUCCGACCUCCCCGCGGUCGUCAUCCCCUUCUACAACCGGGACAAGGUGAUCCCUCCGGAGCCCCAGGAGAAGCAAACCUUCCACGCGCGCUGCCACUGCGGCAACGUGGAGUUCGACCUGACCAUCCCGACCGCCAUCCUCCCGCUCAACGCCUACAUAUGCAGCUGCAGCUCGUGCCGGUACACGCGCGGCGCCCUCUGCAGCCUGCACGUCGCGCUACCACAAACAAUCUCCCCGGAGUGGACGAACGGGCGCAUCAACGUGUCCGUGCACAAGAGCCCCGGCUCCGGCGCCGGCGGCCACGGCCAGCGGCUCUUCUGCCCGACGUGCGGGGUGAGGGUCGGGCUGUUCGAGCCGCGCAUGGCGCAGUGGGUCGUCAGCACCUCGCUCUUCCGCGACACCACAGCCGGCCCCCUCUUCUGGUCGGUCACCUGCUUCGGCUUCUACAAGUCCCCCCGCGACGGUGGCCUGCUCUCCUGGCUCCCCGACGGCGUCGGCGGUAAGCCGUUACAUCUCGGCACCGUGCCGUACGACUUCCCGCCCGACGAGGCGCUAUCUAUCCGCCCCGACGGCACGGAGUGGUUAUGCGUUGCCUGCUUUUGUGGGGGCGUCGCGUUUGAGAUCCCGAGGCCGGCGGAGGCGGUUAGGGGGGAUCCGCACAUGGCGCGGUGCGUGGCCCCGCCACUGGAGAAGGAUAACGAUGAGGAUAAGGGUGAGGGUAAGGGGAAGUGGAAGUGGAAGGCCUACAUGGAUUUCGGGGGCGACAGCUGGGCGCUGUCGGGCGCGCAGGGGAUGCCGUGGGUGCAAGUCCCGCGCGCGGUCCUCUCGCCCGCCGUACCAACUACCUUAGAAUUCGGCACCGUGAAGACGUACAAAGUGUCGUCGACGCUGACGACCGGGUUCUGCGAGUAUUGUGGGGCGCGUGUGUUCCUGCGGGAUGAGGAGGAGGGGAAGAAGGAGGCGGAUAAAGGGACGGAGGUGCUGAACGUUGCGCUGGGCCUGCUGAGGGCGCCGGAGGGGGCGAAGGCGGAGGACUGGGUUGUGUGGAGAGCGGGGAGACCCGAGGGGGUGGAGGAGGGGAAGAGGUUUGAUGGGGAGUUUGUGGAUGCGAUGGCGGAGGGGAUGAGGAGGUGGGGGUUGGAUAGGUAUGGGGAGGCGCUGGAGUUUGAUAUCGUUUAAGUUCAAUCAGGGGGGUUUUCAACGCCAACGGAAGGAAGCUUCGUUUGAAGUUUGAUGUUCUCGGUAAGAUUAAUGGAACAUUGAGGUACAUACAUACCUAGUAGUAUAUACCGAGGUACCCUAGGUACGAGUGACAUCUAUGAAGUUGAACUAGCAGAUAAUGGCAGGGACGACACGUCAGAUGGAACGUACAAUCCACUGUAGUCAUAUAUUAAUUAAAUCCUGACACACUGG